AUGAGCGCCGGCCUCACCUUCACCAAGACCAUCCACAAGACCCCCUACCCCAGCAUCUCGCCCACCCGCCCCGCGCUCUCGCAAGCCGGGCGGACCGUGCUCAUCACGGGCGGCGGCGCCGGCGGCAUCGGGUACGCCAUCGCGCAGGCCUUCCUCACUGCGUCCACCUCGCGCGUGAUCACCCUCGGCCGCCGCGCGGACCUCAUCCAGGCUUCCGCCGCGCAGCUCUCGGCUGAAUUUCCCUCCUCAUUCCCACCUUCAUCCCCCCCCCAACCCGACAUCCGCGGCCUUCCCUGCGACAUCACAGAUCCCUCAGCUGUCGCGGCCCUCUGGCGCCAGCUGGCCGACGAGGGCGUCAUCGUCAAUGUCCUAGUACUAAACGCGGCGGUGAUCGCGCCGGCGAAGCCGGUCCCCGAGAUGGGGACGUGCGGGCUGUGGGGGGUGUAUGAGAUGAAUGUGCGGGCGCAGCUGGACAUGGCCGCGCGGUUUUAUGGGCAGACGAGUGAUGAGAGUUGUGCUGGAGGGACGAAGAUCCACUACGCCGCCCGCAACAAGACCUACUCGGGCUACGGCCUGACCAAGAGCGCCGCCGCGAUGGCGCUGCAGGUCGCGGCGGACGACACGCCUGUGGACAGGAUGCAGGUUGUCAGUUUUCACCCGGGGGCCAUCUUCACGCAGGGGGCGAAGAAGGCGGGAUACGGCGAGCAGGAUUUUCCUUGGGAUAAUGCCGACCUCCCCGGCCACUUCGCCGUCUGGGCUGCCUCGCCCGAAGCGAGAUUCCUGCAUGGUCGCUUUGUGUGGGCGAACUGGGACGUCGAUGAGUUGAAGAGCGGGGAGAUCAGGAAGCGCAUCGAUGAGGACCCGAACUACUUGAAGAUCGGUGUUAGGGGGUUAUGA